AUGCGUGCCUCCCCUGUGCGAGGUCUGAACUCUUCAGCACCGGGACGGGCGUCGACGCCAUCUCAGUGUGGCGCUUGUGCCUCCUCUGCGCCCACCGCCUGCUUUCUGGCCCCUCCCAGUUGUCUGCCGUUCUUCUUUUCAUGCACUUUCCUUCUCCGCAUUUGGUGCAUCUCCAUCGACUUGUGUCUGCCUACCGUCGAGCCGUCCCCCAGAUGGAACCGCGAACCCCUCUGCGUUGUGACAUUCGCCUCCUGUCCGUCCACCGUGUCGCGUUGCCCCCAGGUGGAGGUGGAGCCGGUCUCCGUGGUCUGCGCCGACGGCUCUGCGCCUUCUGCCUCCUUUGCGGACGCGGGAGAGCAGCCGUUCAUGCGUUGCCUGCGCGAAGAGUUCGAGCCGAGUGUCGCGCUCUGCAGCGAAGGCUUUGAUCUACACGCGGCAACAAGCCGGUGCGUGACGACGGUGAAGGAGGCCCCUGGGUGGACUUGUCCAACGGGAUAUCGUUUACCUGAGCACGAGUUGCCGGCCCAGAGCGCGAAAGAGGUCGUCGCUCCACACCUCGGCUCGCGAAAAGGAGACAGUCCGUCCCCCGUCGUCGUCGGCCCGCCACUGCCCCGCGUCCAGGCCGGCUUCUGCGAGCGUCUGGAGUACGCCGAAGUCCAGUUCGUCUGUCCUGUUGGAUUCGGAAGAGAAAAAGACAAGAAAGCCAAGGAGUGGGUAUGCGUCGCCCAGAAAGCCGUCCCCGCCACGCACCUUUGCGACUCGGGAUUCUUCCUUGAAGGCGACGCAUGCGUCAUGCAUUUGACGAUGGCGCCCUCUCUCGUGGACCAAGACGGCAGGCCAUUCCCCUGCGUAACUCGAGGCGACGGCUCCAACUCGUGUGGGCAUGCAGCCGACUGGCAGGGCUCUUUGGGCGUGGAAAGGGAGACUGCGAAGAAGCAUGGAAAGCGGUAA